AUGGCUGCCGCAGGGAACGUCGAGGACAUAGCCUCGCAAAUCUAUGCCAAGUGUCGUGACCAAUUCUCGGCCAGCCAGCUGCUAUACCAGCGGGAUAUCUUAGGCCUAGGCCUAGUUCCAAACAAGAGCUUGGAAAUUCUCUUGCAAUGCACCCAGCACUUGGUUGACCAAAACCUUUUUCGAGUUUACCAAGAUGGUGAUAAUCGCCUGGCCUGGAAGGUCAUUGCUCGCGAAGAUGCUGAAAAAAUACAAAGUCUUAACGACAACGAAAGACUGGUGUACAAUGCCAUCCACUCAACAGGACGGAACGGUAUCUGGAUUCGAGCUCUAGGGAAACGGACAGACCUGCACAAGUCAAGUUUAGACAAGGCUCUCAAAGCUUUGGAGGGAAAAAAUUUCAUCAAGUCGAUCCACAAUGUCAAACAACCGGGCAAAAAGGUGUACAUGCUUGCUGGCCUCAAACCGGCCGAGGAUGUCACUGGAGGAGCUUGGUUCACCGAUGGAGUUCUGGACGCAGAGUUCAUUGGCGUUCUAUCGGAAUACAUCGAAGACUGGGUCAGUAAGAGGAGUUGGUACGAGGUUCCAUCUCCCAGAAAUAACAGCAAGCGACAAAAGCUCAACCACGGCGAAAAUACCAAAACGGAGAUUGAAAAAACGUAUUUUCCUUAUCCAGCUGAUUAUCAAUACUAUCCAAAGGCCCAGGAUAUUACAGCUGAAGUGAAUAAAACUGGCAUUACGCCAGUCAGACUAGACGAAGGCAGUAUUGAGCAGCUUCUGCGUAUGAUGUGCUUUGAUGGCAGGCUGAUUGCCCUGAAUGAUUAUCAAAAUUACAAAUCUAUGAGGCGCCCAGAUGCUGUUGCAGAGGCACGUUCAAUGGCAUCCAAAACAGACCGUCCACUGGAGACACAGCAGAAGGCCUGGUUAGGGAACAAUGGUAUGACUGAGGCACCCUGUGGGCAAUGCCCAGUUUUUAGACUGUGCCAGCCUGGCGGCAGUGUGAGUCCCGAAAAUUGCGAGUAUUUCGACGAAUGGUUUAAGAAAGCGUUCACAUUCUAA